CUAUAAGCAACCAUUUUUGAGUAAACACCACAUUUUGGUCAGUGCGAAGAAAAAUAAAAAUGGCAGCCUCAGUUAUGGCUUCUUCAGUUACCCUCAAACCUUCUUUAGGUGUUGAGAAAUUAGUUGUUAGAGGUGUCCCAUCUCUUGCCAGGGCUCCUUCUUAUUUCAAAGUUCAAGCCAAGGAGCGCAAGAUCAAGACUGACAAGCCUUAUGGAAUCAGUGGUGGCAUGAGCUUGAGGGAUGGUCUUGAUGCCUCUGGAAGGAAGGCUAAAGGAAAGGGUGUUUACCAAUUUGUUGACAAAUACGGUGCUAACGUCGAUGGGUACAGCCCUAUCUACGACACCAGAGACUGGUCUCCCAGCGGUGAUGUUUAUGUUGGCGGUACCACCGGAUUGGCAAUCUGGGCGGUUACCCUAGCUGGUCUUCUUGCCGGCGGUGCUCUUCUCGUUUACAACACAAGUGCUUUGGUACAGUAGAUUUCUCUAUUGUAAUCCUUGCCCUUGUUGUGUUAUAGCCUGUCCAAUGUAAUUGUUAGAAUCAAAAUACCUUGAAGAACUAUUUUCCAUAUCUGUGUAGAAUGGUUUGCCUGGAUUGAAUCUAGGUCUAUUAUAACUUUUAAUGUGGUUCUUGUUCAUCAUAUAAAAAUUUAACAAAAAUAAAAAGGCAUAUUAUGUUUGGUGUAUUAA